UUUGUAGUUCCAGGAGAGAUGUGACCUAUGCUGUCUUAGGUUUGCUUGGGUGAAUUAUGAAGUUCUGGUACCAGUAAUCACUGAUCUCUGGUUCAAUCACAAUUGAGAGAAAGUGUGGCUAGUUCUACCAUACUUUUCUUGGGAUGAAAUCUGAGUCCCAGAAGCAAGAAGGAGAGAGCAUCUCACAACCAAAAGAUGCUGACAAUAUUUUGGAAGAUUGGAAGUUGCCACUGGUUUUCUCUGAGGUGAGGCACCUUGAGAAGAUAGAAGGAGUGCCUCCUGUCCUGCACACAUGGAGAAUGAGAGAAAGGAUGAAAACUGUGAGUGUUGCACUUGUGCUAUGCCUAAAUGUUGGAGUUGAUCCUCCAGAUGUUGUCAAGACUCAGCCUUGUUCUCGAAUGGAAUGUUGGAUCGAUCCCCUUUCCAUGACCCCAAUGGUAGCCCUUGAGACCAUUGGUGCAAGACUGCAGAAGCAAUAUGAAAGAUGGCAGUCACGAGCUCGAUACAAGCAGAGUCUAGAUCCUACAGUGGAAGUAGUAAAGAAGCUGUGUAUGUCUCUGAGAAGAAAUGCCAAGGAGGAACGUGUUCUCUUCCAUUACAAUGGCCAUGGUGUCCCAAGGCCUACCCCCAAUGGUGAAAUUUGGGUCUUUAAUAAAGUGAGCUUCAGCAUCCUUACCAUAAGUUAUACUCAGUACAUCCCUCUUGGCAUUUAUGAACUUCAGGCCUGGAUGGGAUCUCCAUCAAUUUAUGUAUAUGACUGCUCUAAUGCAGGCAUCAUUGUGGAUAAGUUCUGUGAACUUGCUGAGCAGCAUGAGAAGGACCUUGAAACCCUUCAGAAGAGUCAAUUUGGUGGGGGACAACUUGGAAGUAAUUCAAAUAACGUCUCAUUUAAGAAUUGCAUUCUCUUGGCUGCCUGCUCCACAACUCAAACACUUCCCAUGAACCCUGACCUACCAGCAGAUCUCUUCACAUCUUGUCUUACCACACCAAUCAAAAUGGCCCUCCGAUGGUUUGUUUUGCAGAAUGCUUCCAGGCUUGUCCCCAAUAUCACUUUGGAGAUGAUUGAUAAGAUCCCUGGACAGCUAAAUGAUAGGAGGACCAUGUUAGGGGAAUUAAACUGGAUCUUCACUGCAAUAACUGAUACCAUUGCCUGGAACACUUUACCAAGAGAUUUAUUCCAGAAGCUUUUUCGACAAGACCUUCUAGUUGCUAGCUUGUUUCGGAACUUCAUGCUAGCAGAGAGAGUGAUGAGGGCAUUUGACUGUACCCCUGCUUCUUCACCCAGAUUACCUGCUACAUAUCAGCAUCCAAUGUGGGAUGCAUGGGACUUUGCCCUGGAUUGUUGCCUAUCCCAGCUACCUGAAUUACUGACCAGUGACCAGUCUAUGCAGCAUAAGCCUGCCUUGUUCUUUGCUCAGCAGCUCCAAGCCUUUCAGGUCUGGCUUGAAAUGGGCUCUCAAAACCGAAAUCCACCAGAGCAGCUUCCUAUUGUUCUUCAGGUGCUCUUGAGUCAGGUACAUCGAGUGCAUGCCUUGGAACUCUUGGGGAGAUUCUUGGAUCUUGGUCCAUGGGCUGUUACCCAUGCUUUGAGUGUUGGCAUCUUUCCAUAUGUCCUCAAAGUCCUUCAGAGUCCUGCUCGGGAACUCAGGCCUUUGCUGGUCUUCAUCUGGGCCAAGAUCCUUGCUGUAGACUCGACAAAACAGCACUGUGAGGCGGCAUUCAUCAUGGCUUGCUUGGUCAACAACUACCCACUUGGGCAAGAAGCAGCUUUCCAAGGAAACUUGAUGUCACUAUGUCUGGAGCAGCUAAAUGACCUGGAUCCUCUCCUAAGACGCUGGCUCAUCAUUUGCCUGGCCCUUGCUUGGAAAAACUUUCCCUCUGCAAGAUGGCGUGGGGUUCGAGAUCAGGCAGACACUAAACUCUGCGCUCUUUUGGAUGACUCUGUUCCUGAGGUCAGAGCAGCUGCUGUACUGGCCUUGGGGACUCUUAUCAGCAGUUCUCAUGAAAGAAGUGAGCAUGCUAACACUGUUGAUAAUCGCGUGGCUCUGUCCCUUCUCAAGACUGUGGCUCAGGAUGGCUCACCUCUAGUCAGAAAAGAGCUGGUGAUAGCAUUACAUGGGCUGGUGAUAUUGUUUGAGAAUGCCUUUGUGUCAAUUGCGUCUAUGAUGGCCGAGGAGGACAAGCUUCGAGAGGCUAGCUUCCAGUCUCCUAUUCUCUCUGGCAAUGUCCUCGUGAACCACAUGGGCCCUGCAGGCCAUGUGUUGUGCACCCCUGAUCUCAAUGUUGCUAUCUUGGUUCUGACAUAA